AUGGCCCCUUCGUUCAUGACGGGCAUUUUGAUCGGUGCUCUCCUACUAGUAACACCUGGAGAAGCCCUUGUCGGACAGGUUUCACCUGCCUCUAUAGCUGGUGCACCGCUAUUUGACAGCGAAAAGCUCCAAUUGACAGAUCGUGACAUUGCGAAGCUCAGCCCUAACCAGUCAGCCCUGGUUAAAUUUGGGAGUCAUGGCGCUUAUAAGCCCACGCGCCCUACAAGAAAAUGCAAGGUUUUCCCUGGUGACCACCAAUGGCCAUCGCAGUCUGCAUGGUCGGCCUUGGAUAACCUCCUAGGCGGUGCGCUCAUUAAGACAGUGCCCCUGGCAGCGUCUUGCUAUUCUUCAUGGCCGGAAUACGACAGCGAGGAGUGCGCAAGAAUCAGCUCGCAGUGGACCGAUUCUCAUCUUCAUGCUGCGGACCCGGCAUCGGCAAUGUGGCCAUUGUUUGAGGGAAGAAGCUGCCUGCCCACUACCAAUUCCUCUGCAUCUUGCACGGUGGGUGGCUACAGCAGCUAUGCUGUGAAUGUCAGCAAUGUGGCUCAGAUCCAGCUUGCUGUCAACUUUGCACGCAAUGCAGACAUCCGUCUGGUCGUUAAGAACACCGGCCAUGACUUCAAUGGAAAAUCAACCGGUGCUGGUGCUUUGGGUAUUUGGACCCACAAUCUCAAGGAAUUUGAAUACUAUGAGAAAUAUUGUGGUUCGGGCUACCAGGGCCCAGCUGUUAAGAUUGGGUCAGGUGUGCAGGCCUUUGAGGUCUAUGAAAAGGGCCAGGAACUUGGAUUCACUGCUAUUGGUGGUGAAGGCAAGACUGUCGGUGUUGCCGGUGGCUACGUUCUCGGCGGCGGCCACUCACCCAUGUCCAGCGUGUACGGCUUGGCUGCCGACCAAGUUUUGGCUCUUGAGGUCGUACUGGCCAAUGGACGCUUCGUCACAGUGACCGAAGAAAGUGACAGCGAUCUAUUCUGGGCUCUGCGUGGUGGCGGCGGUGGAACCUACGGAGUUGUCACUUCGCUGAUCUCUCGUGUGUACCCCAAAGUCGGUGUGACCGUCUCGACAUUCAACUUCUCUACUAGCAAGAAUGUCUCUGUGGAAACCUUCUGGGCUGGCGUCCGAUCAUACUUGUCGCGUUUCCCAGCCCACGCCGACGCUGGUACCUACGCCUACUUUUGGGUGUUGCCGACAGGCCCUGGCGCCUUCACCUUCAUGAUGAACCCCUUCUUCGCUGUCAAUCACACUGUGGACGAGUUUAAUGCUCUAGUCAAGCCGUGGUAUGAUGACCUCCAUGAUCUGGGCAUCUCAUUCCAACCAAACACAACCUACUACGACAACUUCCACGACGCCUGGAACGCCGGAUUCCCCCUCGAAAUAGUCGCCUCAUCGACCAUGAUGACCGGCUCUCGCCUCUUCCCACGCGCAAAUUGGGAAACCCCCACCUUACUAAAUGCGACCUUCAAUGCCCUGCGUGCCACAAUCACUGACGGCUUCGCAUUGCUCGCAUUCAACAUGAAAGCCGAGCUGCAGGAGGGCUUCACUCCGAACUCGGCAAACCCGGCGUUCCGCCAGACUCUGAUGCACGCCAUCACAUCCACAUCCUGGACGAAUACCACCUCCAAUGCCGAUAUUAAAGUCAAGAUGAAUGGCCUCACCAAGGUUGUCGGCAAGUGGCGUGCUGUCUGCCCUGACUCUGGCGCGUACAUGUCCGAGUCGGAUAUCCAGGAGCCGCACUUCCAGCAGGCUUUCUAUGGUACCAAUUACGACCGCUUGUAUAGCCUGAAGCAACGGUAUGACCCUACUGGCCUAUUUUAUGCGCCUACUGGUGUUGGAAGUGAGGAUUGGGUUGUGAAGAGCCUUGACGGUCUUCCGGAUCAGAAUGGUCGGCUGUGCCGUGUUUGA